AUGCGUGCAGUCAUUAACAGAACCUAUCUGCAGUCAUUGGGCUACAAUGCUUGGGAUGUUUAUCUGAAUGACUCAUCCUGUGGGCCACAACAGAUCACGGAAACCUAUGUUAUAUUCAACAUACCUUUUAAUGGAUGUGGUACAAUAAGACAGGUGAAAAAUAACACUAUCACCUAUUCCAAUGUAAUCAGAACAUCUCCUUCUGGUUAUAUUAUCACAAGGGAAAACUUCUUUCAGUUUCACAUUACCUGCAAAAUGAACCAGGACACAAUGGUAGAAAUAAUGUACGUUGCCAAAGGUGCUAUUGACAUACGUGAAACCCAGCAUGGCAGAUAUGACGUGAAUAUUUCAUUUUAUGAAUCAUCAAAUUUCUCAAAUCCAGUUUACAAUUCCCCAUACUAUGUUGACUUAAACCAGGAUUUAUUCCUUCAAGCCACUCUCUACAGUUCCGAUUCCAACCUGGUGAUGUUUGCAGACACGUGCAUGGCAUCUCCAUAUUCUGAUGACUUCACAAACCUGACUUAUGUUUUAAUCAGGAAUGGAUGUGUAAGAGAUUCCACCUACAUCUCAUACUAUUCACUGGGAUACAUUGUUCAUUUCAAAUUCAGUGCCUUCAAGUUUCUCAACAGACAUGCUGCCAUUUACUUGCAGUGCAAGAUAGUUGUAUGCAGGGCAUAUGAUUAUUCUUCUCGAUGCUAUCAGGGAUGUUUAGCGAGGCGCAAGAGGGAUACAAGUCCUUACCAGGAAAAAAUAGAUGUUGUUGUGGGGCCAGUCCAGCGUAAAAAAGAAACCAAUGAGGACAGAAAAUCUGGUAAUUUAUUUUUAUGGCCUUUUCUCUUGCUGUAUCUGUUAAGUAUUAUUUUACAAUAUCAUUGUGGGGAAAAAGAACUAGGUGGCCUUCUUUAUGGCAGCCAAAGUAACAACGAAGGCCCAAGUUCAGGCCCUCUGACAGAAGCUGACUAUACAGACAGCCUUUACAGAUGUAAGCAGAGUCAGGAUGAGCUCUACCCUGACAUCUGGUGGUGA